AUGAUACUUGGAGAUGAUAAUGAAAGUUCUGAUGAAAAUGAUAAAAAUGAAGUUGAUAAUUACUUAAAAAUGAAAUCCAAUAGAAAAAUUAUGCCUUUAAUUUGGUGGGAAAAUAACAAAACAAAAUUUCCUUUUUUAAGUCAAUUAGCUAAAGAAUAUUUAGAAAUAACAGUAACAUCAAUUUCUAAUGAAUGUUUGUUUUCAGCUGUAGUUGAAUUUUGA